AUCAACCCUUUACAAUACGUUGAUAUUUGUGUGGACAAUAGAGAACUGAAAACCCUAGUUGACUCAGGUGCUAUGAUACCAGUUUUAAAUUCUAAAUAUGUGUCGAGUGAACAAAAAGAAAAAGGAAAAAUCAUUUUAAAAAGUGCAUUUGGAGAAAGGAUUAACGCUACUCUUUCGAGUUUUCAAAUAUCAUUAAAAGAUAAAAACAACGAAGGAUUUUCCAGACCUAUUGAGAUAGUUGCAGCUGUCACGGAUAGAAUUCAAGAGCAAUUCAUCAUCCCCCCCUCUGUAUUAAACUUAUUGGGAGAAAGCAUAAACCACAGCCGCAGCCAAAACACGUCUGGAUUAGAGGCGCCAAUGGAAGAGAGCUUUGAUGAAUUUAUGAUUUGUUGUGGAAUUAGUCAGAGCGAAGAACAACCGAGCGGAAAUGAAAGCGAUUCUUUGGAUAAGAAAAACAAAAUUAAUGCGUUGAAAGAAGAACAAAGAAAAUGUGAUACUUUGCUGUCAGUAAGAAAAAAUUUAUCCCUUGGAAAAGGAAACUUUUUUAUGAAUGAUGAAUUAAUAUUCCACCGGGAUAAAAUAUUAGGCGAAAAAGUGAAUCAGUUGGUUUUGCCCAAAAAUAAGAGACAGCAAGUUCUUAAAUUAGCACAUGAAUCAAUUUUCGGAUGCCAUAUGGGAUUAAAAAAGACUAGUGAAAGAAUUAAAUACAGUUUUUAUUGGCCAAAUAUGACAGAUGAUAUUAAAAACUUUUGUAAAUCCUGUAAAGAAUGCCAGUUGAGGAGUCCGGAAAAAAUGAUCGAUAAAAUUCCUAUUACUCCUGUUCUCCGUCCGGAAUUGCCAUUUGAGAUAGUAAAUAUAGACCUAAUAGGACCCAUUGAACCCCCUUCUGCUCGUCGGCAUAAGUAUGUAUUAUGUCUAAUGGACCAGCAUUCUCGAUGGCCUGAGGCUAUCCCUCUUCGUUCGUUAACGGCUAAAGCUACGUGUGAUGCUUUAUUGGAGAUAUUCAUGCGGACUGGAAUACCCAAUGUUAUUGCAAGUGAUAAUGGAACGAACUUUAUUUCUAAGUUAACCCAGGAAUUCAUGAAAAGAUUAGGUUGUGCUCCCAGAUUUACGACGCCUAACCAUCCAGCUGGGAAUGGCCUUAUAGAAAGAUAUAAUAGGGUGUUCAAAAAUUCACUCCAUCACAUUAUCAGAACUGAUCCGAGUAAUUGGGAUAAAUACAUUCCAUAUAUGCUUUUUGCGUACAGGGAAGUUCCUAACUGUACGACGGGUGUUUCACCAUUCAAGUUGAUGUAUGGACGUGAAGCACGAGGACCUCUCAGUGUUCUAAAAUCGAGCUGGUGUGGUGAUAUUGCCAUUCCGUUAAACAUGGAGAAAUCAGUUGUGGAUUAUUUACAGGAGCAAAAAAUAAACUUAGAAAGAGCUGCAGAGGAAGCAUCUCUCAUCGCUUCUGGUAAACAACAGGCAUAUGCAGAAUAUUUUAACCGCCGAACCGCUUCUAAGGAAUUUAAGCCAGGUGACCAAGUUUAUUUAUUAAUACCUGAUUCAUCGAACAAAUUGUAUGCCCGUUGGACUGGUCCUGGAGAAGUUAUCGAGCAUUGCCCUCCACAUUCAUAUAAAAUAAAACUUAGCGAUGGAAAAAUUCGGCAUUGUCAUGCGAAUAAAAUUCGGAAAUACUAUCCAAGAAUUAAUGCUGUAGGUAUGAUCUUUGAAGAUGAUGCAGACUUUGGAGAAGUUUAUUCAUCCCCCAGUUAUAAAAAUGUAUGUUACUGGAAAGAGAUAUUUGAUCAAGUGGAUUUGCGACAUCUUUCUGAGGAAGUGAAAUGUCAAAUCCUGAACUUAUUGUGGAAUCAUCAUUCAAUAUUUACCGGACAAGUUAGAGUUGCAAAGGUUGGUCAUCACAAGAUAAAAUUAGAGGACGAUAAAGAAAGGAAAAAACCUUACGUGUACAGGAUUCCUGAAGCGCUGAAACCUCAAAUAGACUCCCAAAUCGAAGAACUCCUAAAACUAGAUCUAAUCGAAGAGAGCUCUGCUGACAUUGCUUAUCCUAUAGUCUGUGUAAACAAGAAGGAUGGAUCUAUCAGGAUGUGCGUGGAUUAUCGAGCUUUGAAUGCAGUGACUAAAACCGACGAUUUCCCCAUGGAAGACGCAACGGAAUUAAUAUAUUCCAUAGGACAGGCAAAUGUGAUUAGUGUGUUAGAUCUUUUGAAGGGGUACUAUUCGCUUCCCAUGGAAGAAGAUUCGCGGGAUUAUACAUCUUUUAAGACCCAUAGAGCACAAUAUCGUUUUAAGGUAAUGCCUUUUGGGCUGAAAAAUGCAGCUGCUACUUUUCAAAGGGAAAUGAACAAAGCAUUGUCGCCAUACAGAGAAUUUUGCCGUGCUUAUAUUGAUGACAUUGCUAUAUUCUCCAAUGAUAUUUCCUCUCACUUGAAACAUCUUCAUUUGGUGCUGGAUAGAUUGGAAGAGCUGCAAUUCACUGUUAAUCUUUCAAAGUGUGCUUUCGCGAAAUCUGAAAUUUCAUACCUGGGACAUAUAAUUGGCUCAGGAAAGCAUCAAGCUGAUCCAGCUAAGUUAGAAACGAUCUCUCGUUUGCCCGUACCUGAAACCAAGAAACAACUACGUAGUGCUCUUGGCCUGUUCAACUAUUAUCGUGAUUAUAUUGCGAAUUUCGCCGAGAUUGCCUUUCCAUUAACGGAACUAACAAAGAAAAGGAGCCCUGAUGUAUUACCGUGGUGUGAAAUGCAUAGUAUUGCUUUUGAAAAAUUAAAAUCAGCAUUGUUACACGCUCCUACUCUACACACUCCGAAUAUGAGCAAACCCUUUGUGAUUCAUUGUGAUGCCUCGUCAAUCGGGAUUGGCUCGUGUUUAUCACAGACUGUUGAUGGAAAUAUGUGCCCUAUCGCUUAUGCAAGUCAAAAAUUAAACAAAAGCCAACAAUCUUGGUCGACAAUCGAACGGGAAGCAUUUGCAAUAGUUUGGAGCUUGAAAAAGGUGGCGACAGAUGGCAUCAAUGCAAAUAAACAGUAA